UAGAAGGUUGUGGAAGCCAUUUUCUUCCUUCAGUCAAAACUUUACGGAAGUUAGUGAUCACUUAGGGCUUCGAGGGGCUUUGAUGGAUAGUCUCGUAGAUGCACUGAGCAGUGCAUAUCAAGACUUUGUUGCAGCAUCGGCUGUUGUACUUGAAUCAAAGGAGAGUUCUAAUGGUCAGAAAACAGCAGCGACUGAUGCUGCAUUAGAAAACUUUAAGCAAAAAUGGGAAUUGUUCAGGGUUGCGUGUGAUCAGGCAGAGGAGUUUGUGGAGUCGGUUAAGCAAAGAAUUGGCUCCGAGUGUCUCGUGGAUGAGGCUACAGGCACUGUUUCGGGGAAGCCUGGGCAACCAGCUGCAAGUGGCCUUCAACCCAUUAGUGCUGUUAGGUUGGAGCAGAUGAGUAAAGCUGUAAGAUGGCUAGUGAUAGAACUGCAACACGGUUCUGGAGCGAAUAGUGCUUCAGCAGUACAUCCCAAUCCUUCUGCUCCAUUUGAUGCCAGAUUUUCUGAAGAUGCAGCUCAAUAGGUAACUACAGAGUCUGGUGAUCAGCAGAGAGAAACAGAAGAUCUUCUGUGCCUCAGUAACCCGUUAAAGUUGAUGUUUGAUGUAUGAAGUCAUGUUGUAAUGAUGUAGAAGAAUGAUAUUUCUCAACCACCUUUACCGCCUCCCUCCCUCCCUCCCCAUCUUAUGAGAAGAGCUGGCAAGUUUAUGUUUGUGUUUUCUAGGCUCAGAGAUUUACUUUUAUCGCAAUAUGAGCUACUGCACUGUUAGCGUUCUUUAGAUCUUAAGCAUACCAACAUAUACAAACAGGCUGUAUGUUUGUGUCUGCUAUGUGUAACUAUGUUCUCAAGUAUUUAUGUUUAUAAUCGAUUUUCGUUAGGAAA